GGAAUACAUUUUCUGCCUGUGGUGAAAAAAUAAGUAGCUAGCAAAACACAAAGAAAUCUCGACGUUCAUACCUCUCAAAAUGUCUAAACUGGCAUUGUUCAAUGUGUAUAUAACUGAACGGCUAACAGCGGUGGCUGUGGAGAUAGCCGGGGUGGUAGAGAGAACAAUAACAGAAUACCAGGAAGAAAUCUCUCGUUCAAAGGAGGAGAACGAACGUCUUCGACGGCUGCUGGAUUUCAAACUGCACAGAACAGACCCCCAGCAGCUCACGCUCCCAGUCUCUGAAGAGGAGGUUCCCCCUGCGCGGCAGCAUGGUGAGCAGAAGUGGGGCCCCAAUCUGGGGCAGAAGGACCCAGAGUCAACACAGAUUAAAGAUGAACAAGAGGAAAUCGGGACAAAUCAGGAGGAAGAGCUUGAAAGGCUAGAAUCUGAUACCAACGACUCCAUAUUCACUGUCUGUGAGGAGAGAGACAGUAACCCACCUUAUCCGCCCUAUCAAAUGGAUUUCUCAAGCCACACUUUCGAGAGCAAAGAGGAUGAUGUGUUAUGCAUCCUCAUUCCUAAAGAGAUCAAAACUGAGCCUGAUGGAGAGGACUACACAGUAUCAGAAGCAACCAGUGCCUCUCAGUCCCUAUCAGAAGGAUAUCUAGGCUGUUCUGCAGCUCAGAGUGAAAACAGCGGAAGUGACAACGAGGUGGAGAGUGGGGGACAACCGUCAGGGUCAAAGCCACUGGAAUCAUCCAGAAAAUGGGCAAAGAAAGAACUAAGCUUCCAUACCGUUGCUGGGGGCAGGGCGACCACAAAUGCUUCUCCUUAUUGUUGCAAGUUGUGUGGAAGUACAUUUGUGUACAUUGGUCCUUUAGUUAACCAUGUGAAAAAUGUGCACACAAAGCAUACGAAAAUGUGUGGUGUGUGUGAAGAAGUCUUUGAGUCCAUGGCAAGUCUGACAGAUCACCUGCAAACCCACAUAAAAGCAACGCGUACUUGUAAUGUUUGUGGCAAAUGCUUCCCUAGUGAUGCUAAUCUGAGAACACACAUGGUGUCUCACACAGGAGAGAAACAGUAUCAAUGCAAAGAAUGUGGGAAAUGCUUCAAAACUAAGGGAUAUAUGAAAUUGCAUAUGAGACUGCACACUGGGGAGAAACCAUUUCAGUGCAAAGAAUGUGGAGAAAGUUUCACUUGUAAUGGAUACUUGAAAGCACAUAUGAAGUUCCACACAGGGGAGAAAUCAUAUCGGUGUAAGGACUGUGGGCAAGACUUUGACCAGAAGACACAACUGGAAACGCAUAUGUGGACUCACAGAGGUGAGAAACCACAUGGUUGCAAGCAGUGUCCCAAAAGCUUCAAGCGCAAGGAAGAACUGACCAGACACACAGCGGUUCACACAGGAGAGAGACCUUUCAAGUGCACUGUUUGUGGACAUUGCUUUGCCACCCCAGGCAACCUGACACAACACCUGACCACUCACUCCGGAGAGAAACCGUAUCGGUGCAAAUUCUGUGGCAGAUGCUUUAGAAAUAAUCCGUUACUUAAAAGUCACCUGAGGAACCGGCACAAAUUUCAUGAAAGUGCCUGAUUCUCAGAAGAUGAUUUAAAGGACAAGUUACGUUUUUUACAACCAAAUCUCGAUUUUUGAUGUAAAUAGCAUGUUCUUGAAGAGUGCAGACACCUUUUUUGUGAUUUUGCACAAGUCAUUUCCCUUAUCCAGCUGUUCCAUUUUCUGUGUAGCCUGCUGCUACAUAACUGCCAAAAUAAAGGAAACACCAACAUAAAGCAUCUUAAUAUGGCAUUGGGCCACCACGAGCCGCCAGAACAGCUUCUAUACUCUUUGGCAGAGAUUCUACAAGUGUCUGGAACUUCCUGUGUGGAAGCACCCCAUGCUUUCAAUAUCAAAUUUUAUUGGUCACAUACACAUUUAGCAGAUGUUAUUGCGGGUGUAGCGAAAUGAUUGUGCUCUUACCUCCAACAGUGCAGUAGUAUCUAAAAAAUGAUUCACAACAAUACACACAUCUAAAAGUUAAAUCAUGGAAUGUAUAAAUAUUAGAUCGAGCAAUGUAGGCGUGGCAUUGACUAAAAUACAAUAUAAUAGAAUACAGUAUACAUAUGAGAGAGUAAAGCAGUAUGUAAACGUUAUUAAAGUGACAAGUGUUUCAUUAUUGAAGGGGCCAGUGAUUCCAAGUCUAUAUAGAGCAGCAGCCUCUAAGAUGAAGGCUUGCGUAACCAGGUGGAAGCCGGCUAGUGAUGGACUGAAAAACAGCUAAUAUCAGGUCCCAGCUUUGAUGCACCUGUACUGACCUCGUCUUCUGGAUGAUAGCGGGGUGAACAGGCCGUGGCUCAGGUGGUUGAUGUCUUUGAAUAUCUUUUUGGCCUUCCUGGGUGCUGUAGGUGUCCUGGAGGGCAGGUAGUUUGCCCCUUGUGAUGCGUUGGGCAGAGCACACCACCCUCUGGAGAGCCCUGCGGUUGUGGGUGGUGCAGUUGCCCUACCAGGCGUUGAUACAGCCCAACGGGAUGCUCUCAAUUAUGCAUCUAUAAAAGUUUGAUAGUUUUAGGUGCCAAGACAAAAUUCUUCAGGCACCCCUUUCCCUGCACCCCUUUCCCAGGGCCCUCACCUCCUCCCUUUAUACUUUGCAUCUCUUGUUUACUCAAUACGUUCCUUUAUUUUGGCAGUUACAUGUAGAAUGGACAGAGGUAUUGCUGGAGUCGCAACAAAAUGUUGCGGAUAAAGUUCUGAAUGACACAAUAUCUAAAGACCUAAUAAAAUGACAUAUUUGUUCAUGUUUUUCAGGGCCCUCAUACUACACAAUGGGGAAGUGAUUUGCUGUUUAGUGUAAGUUUCUCAAAAACAUGUGAAAUCACAAAAAAGGUUUCCUGGACCCUUCUAUAACAUGCCAUUUACAUCAAAAAGAGUGAUUUGGUUCUAAAAAAAAGGAAACUUCUCCUUUAAGUUUAAAAUAGAUACUGUCUUUUGGUUGGUGGUGCAUUGGAACAUACUGUACAAUAUAAUCUAUAAAACAAUGUAGUAGAUGCUCUCUGUCAGGCUAUGCCUUCAGUCAGAGUUGUGAAUACUAAUCUGCUUUUUACUAUUAAAUAAAGGCCUUCUAUAUAUAUU